GCAUUCCCUCCCCCUCCUCUCCCUUUCCCCUUUCCCCUUUCCCUCCUCCUCCUUCUUCUUCAUACUGCCGAAUCCUCUGUUUCCGUUAAUAUUGUUGCACUCACCUCUCAUCAUACUAUUAAUCUCCCGUAUUUCUCGAUUCCCGCAUUGAUUGAGUGACACAGUCAACACAGUCGGUGCGGAAGUCCCCAGUCCGGGGGGUAAAAGUUUCUCCAAUGGUGACCCAGAAGCUGGAUCCGUCGCCGGAGAAAUCCAUCUGGGACCAAAUGAGGAGCCCUGCUUCCGGCGGCGGCUCACCUGGCCGCCCCUCCCUGCCCAGACUCAUGGUGUGGCUCGUCCUCUUCGUCUCUGUCACCUACCUCGUCUACGCCCUCAGGCUCGUCUCCACCUCCCGCCCCUGCCCUGAGGAGGACCCAUUCUCCACCGCCCGCCGCCUCUCCAGCACCACCUCCUUCUCCUCCUCCACCGACACGCAGACCCGAAACCGGACCGAGGCCCGGCGCGAACCCGAAGAGGCCCUACAGAGGACGGAGCUGAAGCACAUUGUGUUCGGCAUCGCCGCCUCCGCCAAGCUCUGGGACCAGCGCAAGAGCUACAUCAAGCUCUGGUACAAGCCGAAACAGAUGAGGGGUAUAGUAUGGCUCGACCGCCCGGUCCACGCCGCGCCAGAGGAAGCUGCUUCUCUGCCGCCGAUUAAGAUAUCCGGCGACACGUCCCAGUUCCCAUACAAGAAUCGGCAAGGCCACCGCUCGGCGCUCCGCAUCUCCCGUAUCGUUUCGGAGACGCUGCAAUUGGGCAUGAGCAAUGUUAGGUGGUUCGUGAUGGGGGACGACGACACGGUGUUCGUGACGGAGAACCUCCUCAGGGUCCUGAACAAGUACGACCACCGGCAGUUCUACUACAUCGGCAGCCUGUCGGAGAGCCACCUCCAGAACAUAUACUUCUCAUACGGGAUGGCCUACGGGGGCGGCGGCUUCGCCAUCAGCUACCCGCUCGCCAAGGCCCUGUCGGAGAUGCAGGACAGUUGCAUUCGCCGGUACCCGGGGCUGUACGGCUCCGACGACAGGAUUCAGGCGUGCAUGGCCGAGCUCGGCGUCCCGCUCACCAAGGAACUCGGCUUCCACCAGUAUGAUGUCUAUGGGAACCUGUUCGGGCUCCUCGCCGCACACCCGAUCGCCCCGCUGAUCUCCCUUCACCACCUCGAUGUCGUCGAGCCCAUCUUCCCCAACGUGACCCGUGUCCAGGCCCUCCAGAGGCUCACUGUGCCUAUGAACCUCGACUCCGCGGGCCUCAUGCAGCAGUCUAUCUGCUAUGACAAAUCGAGGAGUUGGACAGUCUCUGUCUCGUGGGGCUUUGCCGUCCAGAUCUUCCGGGGAGUCUUCUCACCUAGAGAGGUGGAGAUGCCGGCAAGGACCUUCCUGAACUGGUAUAGGAGAGCGGAUUACACAGCCUAUGCCUUCAACACCAGGCCGGUCAGCCGGAACCUGUGCCAGAAGCCAUUCGUCUUCUACCUGUCAAACGCAAGGCUUGACUCCUCGGCGAACCGGACGGUGAGCGAGUACAUCCGGCAGCGGGUCCCGGCUGCCCCGCACCCACCGUGCAAAUGGAAGAUGGCCAAUCCUGAGGAUCUCGAUUAUGUGGUGGUCCACAAGAAGCCGGACCCACAUUUAUGGGAAAGAUCUCCGAGAAGAAAUUGUUGCAGAAUAAUGGAGGCCAAGAAGAAGGGAAGCAUGGUGAUAGAAGUGGGAGCAUGCAGGGAAGGUGAGGUUAGUGAAAUGUAGGCAUUCAUAAAUGUUAGGCAAUAUCUUAGGAUCGCCUCCCUCCAAAUUCCUGGAAUUUUGUUCAAGUUUUUCCAAUUUUGUUGGGUCCUUCUCCCCAGCUCCAAUUCGCCAUGAGGAAUGUGUAUAGAUGAUGUAUUUGUACGAUUGACGCAUUCGAAAUGAAAAUAUAUAAGAUAUUUUAACA